AUGGCGGCCACCUCUGUAUCUGCGUCUUUGGUUUCUUCCCUGACGAUCUCGAGCUCCCCUUCAUUCGCCUCCAAAGCAACUCUCGCUUCAACAAAGUUCUCAUCUUUGCCAUUUCCUUUAUCUACGCUGUCCAAACCCUCGCUGCUGGGUUCAUCUUCAAGCCGGGUCUUUGCCGCACCUGAGGCUUUGAAUUCCCAGGAAACGCUAGACCCACCUUCAGAAACCUUUGAUGACUCUGAUUCCGCCACUUACGAGGUUUCAAGUUCUGAGACUCCCAGUUCUCCAUCACUCAGCAUUGAUGCUGAUACAGACACGAUGGCCCCAAAGCAGAAGAUCAGAAUUAAACUUAGGUCAUAUUGGGUACCCUUGAUUGAAGAUUCCUGCAAGCAGAUAUUGGAUGCUGCAAGGAACACAAAUGCCAAAACCAUGGGUCCUGUGCCGUUGCCCACGAAGAAGCGAAUCUACUGUGUUCUGAAAUCCCCCCACGUGCACAAGGAUGCAAGAUUUCACUUUGAGAUCCGAACUCACCAGAGGUUAAUAGACAUUCUCUACCCAACUGCUCAAACAAUCGAUUCACUUAUGCAGCUUGACCUCCCUGCUGGAGUCGAUGUGGAGGUGAAGCUAUGA